UAUAGUCUGGUUGUGUGCCCUUGUUUAGCACGUUUGACAAGACAUGUGAAGUGAGUUGGGAAUUAGACAUCAGCAGGCGGUCAUGAAACAUGGCGGGGUUGGCAUCGGGCGGUCAAUAUGUUUUGUCCAGUAGCGCCCAUUCCUGUCCCGAUAGAACCGCCUUACUCCUCAAACUCACUGACUCAUCCCUCAAGACCAUCGAACGAUACCAGAAAACUAAGGGCUACAUAAAGGACACACCAACUAUUUUAUUCAAAGGAAGAAAAGGGAUCAUUACAAUACCAGAUGGGAAGGAUGGAUUUCAAGAUUUCAAGUUUGUGGUUCAGCCACUGCCGGAACCGUCAGGAAGCAGCUAUGAAUGCAUACAGCAGUUCACCAACAGCAAGGGGGAACCUCAUCUGGACUCCAUCAGCCGCAUACAGACCAAGGUGAUUAUCUCUGCCACAGACGACGUCUACCAGACCACUCAGGAGAAAAUGAAACUUGCCGACGAAGAAAUGAAGAAAAUCAGCACUAAAGAGGUGAGCCAAAAAGAGCUGAAAGCCACUCGUAAGAUCAAACGAAUCACCAAGCAUCCCAGCCUGCCCACCCACAAGUCGGCCCACUUACCACGCCCCAGCCAGCUCAGCCACUGUAAACCAACCAACACAUCAAGUGCAAUAAGCAGAAGUAAUGGGACCCAGCCUGCCUCCAGUAGAGUAUCACAUGUCACAUCAAAAGGGGCUCCGACUAGUAAACCGACUGCACCCAAUAGGUCGUUCAGAGACCGUGUGAUCCAUCUCUUAGCAUUGAGACCGUACAAGAAACCUGAACUCAUCCUGAGGCUACAAAAGGAUGGCAUUGUGAUGAAGGACAAGAACCAACUUAGUAGUAUCUUAUCACAGGUUGCGACGUUAUCGCGGGAUAAUGCCUACAUGCUGCACAAACACUUGUACAGCGAGAUCCAGGAAGACUGGCCGUUGUAUAAUGAUGCAGAUAGGCAGUUAUUAAGAAAUCUGAGAAGUUCCAAUCAGAAAGAACAUUCCUCCUUCACCAAUUCCACUCCAUCCGUUUCACUGUCAUCUUCCUCAUCCUCGGCGAGAUCAGCAUCAGCUAAGCUCAGCUCCACGAUGUCGUCUAAAGAUGUCGCCCAGAAGAGACCUGUCUCUAAAUCUGAUCCUGUUCGGACUGCUGCCAAUAAAUUCAAAGCCACGAUAUCGCAUAAAAGACCUCUCUUGCCAGAUGUUGUUGAUUACAAACCGCCGAAAAAGACUCGAAUCGCCCACAACACUAAAAAACUAAGCCCCACCCCCGACAGGACCACAUCCUCACAUUCCCCGCCUUCCAAAGACGACGUCACCAGCACGACCAAACAGUCGCCAGACUACUGUCGGGCUGGUAAACCUGACGAGAAGGAUUACCCCAAGUGCCGGGAACCAGUGAUGGAAACCAAAAGUAAAGUUGUGGUUGGGAAGCAGUCACCGCCCAGUGACGUGUCUUCAACAUCAAGCGGGCCGGAUUAUCUAAAUAAAUUCAUGACGAUCACCUCCCACGAACAGAAACAACACUAUAAGGACAUAUUCAACACGGAGUAUGUAGAAUAUAAGAAGAUGCAUGCCUACGUCGAAGAUGUCAAUCGGAAGUUUACCAAGUUAAAAAACCAGCUUCACCGAGCACCUGAAGACAGCGAAGAGUACCGCCACAUCAAGAAGAAAGUCAUCGAGGAAUAUGAAAAAAUUAAAGCGGAGUACCAGAAGAAGGAGGCUCGGCGGAGGGAACUCCACAACAAGCUAGGUCACAUCAAGGGACUGAUCGCAGCCUAUGAUAGCAUCAGACAAUGAGACAAUGAGACGAAACCAGGCCUGAAGACAGUAUUCCUUUCUAAGAAACUGAAUGCAGACCAGCUUCACUACUGACAUAUGCAUAAUAGGGAGAUGUAUUUUUACACUACGGUCAGUGCCCUUUAUCGUAAAGGAGAUCAGAGUGGUAUAUCCUGUCUGGGAUUGAGGGGGUUAAACCUCUACAGAUUUCAUCCUGCCCUAAUCUGUAAUAAUUCUUUCAAAUCUAACAGGCUUUGAAGGGUUUUGUAGGAUUGAGGAAUUAAAGUCUAACGCUUAUUACUUUGCAUGGGAACUUCAAUCCCCUUGAAAGUUCAAAUGCGCAUUGGUUUUCUGGAGUGCCUGCUUUUGAAGAUUGAUGUGAGUUCCUGAGAAACCUGUUGUGAUGUAGGGUUACAGGAAUCUUUGGAUUUUAGGUUUGGUUGGGGGCUCAUGAGAAGCCUGGUUGCAAGGUUUCAAAUUGAAGCUUUUUAAAAGACUUGAACAUUUGAUCUAAACAGUAUCACUUCAUGCCUGCCAGAACCCAUCAUCUUGUCUUUUGUUGGUUUGGGCUGAAGAUCUUAGCUAACCUCAGCAACAAGAGACUUAAUGUCCCUGUUAACUCAAACGUGCCGUUAGGUAGCUGCACAGUGUUUGGUUUGUGCUGGUUCAAAGAGUGAACAGGGUCACUGGCGCGAGACACUGGAAAGGCAGUCACCCGUCAAAAACAAAUGGCAUCUUGGAGAGUUAGAUGACUAAAGGUACCUUUCCACAUACGGGUGAUUUCGACAUCUUUCCUUGAAAGUGAAACGCAUGUAUGCAUCGUCCACGCAACGCCACCCAAAAUACGUAUAUGUAUGGAAAGGCACCUUUAAAGUUGUGGCUUGGACCUGGUAUACCAUAACACGUACCCCUAUGAAAGCCUGUGGCUAGCGACUGAAGCCCCUUUCCGUAGAGAUGUGCGUUAUUCCUAGCCAUAGCCAGUUCACUCUGACGGCCUUAUUAAAGUUAGUUCUCCCUCAUCCCUUUACUAGAUAUGCCACUCAUAGGGACUGAAAGUGUUAGGUUCGGAAGACUUCUAUGAACUACAGACUAAUUCAAUAACUAGGGGAUAGAAGCUGUUACUGUGGCAACACGGCACUCUUUGACAGGUGGUGAACAGUUGCUUCACACCUGGGCUUAAAUCAAUAAAAACCUUGGAGAGCAAGUUUGAUACUGUUGUAGUUGUGGUAUCUCCCCCGGUUUGUCUAUAAAAUUGGGUUUUUUAAACCAUCUGAAGCUGUGCAGCAUCUGGAGACCAUGUCUGUAAUUUGUAUGACCUUUUUUGGGGGGGGGACGUGAUCAUGAGGUCUAGUUAAUGCAGAAUGCACAACUAGAUUUUACUUUACUUUGUAUGUUGAAAGUUAUCAAUGAAAAGUUUUUAAAAAUUCCUAUUCUCGUCACAAUAAGUGAACUUUGUUUGAUUUAUGUUGUUUAGGAAUUGCAUUUAACUGAAUUGGAUUUAUCACAUCAUUGUCUUGUCGGAGGUGGUUUUUCUUUCAGUAAUGGUACUUUUGUUUAGCUUUUUGUUUUGAAACAACAGACAUGCAAGAAGUCAAAAUACUUUAAGAAAAUAAGUUUUAAAAAGAAAGAAAAAAACAGAAAAAUCCAAAAUGCGUACUUAAAAACUGAAAAAUACUCAAAAAAUUAUUUUAAAAAUCUUAUUUAUAAGAACUAAGUCUUAUUCAUGUCUUCCAAUGAAAAAAGGUGUGUUAUCGUUUUAUUUGUAAUUUUCAUAACUUUGAAUUUCCUUCAGUUUAAAAUACAAACAAAAAUUUUGACAUAUUAAAAAGUUCAAAAGAGCACGAACCCUCAAAUAGUAGAUUUUUUCCUUUUUUUUGCGCCUGACAUGUUUAACAGUGUCAAAUAUUAAACAUUGAUUUUGGGUUCUUUUUUUGUUAAUACUGAAUUGGGAUUUGAAUGAUAUGCAAAUUGUUGUUAUUUUUUGUGUCAAAACAAGCCUAAAGCAGUAAAAAGAUUUUAAAAGUCCAUCCUAGUUUUUUUUUUGAGAAAGUAUUUUGGGUGAAAAUUUGCUUAUUUUUCUCUUUGAUCUUCGAUUUCCCUCUGUAUAUCUUUUUUUGAAGAGUCACAAUUCAAGUUAUCAGACAUGGCCUCCAGUGUUUCAGAGAAUAAUCAAAGUAUCUGGUUUCUACGACAAAGGUACUCGGUGUAUUUUAAACAAAAGACAAAUGUAUUGACCUACUUCCCUGAGUUUUAAUGUCUUGAAACUCCAGACAGCAAAUUUGCAGUGGUAAUGUGUUGGCUGACAGAUCUAGAAUUUUGAAUGUCAAAAGUUAGACUUGGAUAUGUGGCCAAAUUGGAACUCUAUAAUGAGGCCAAAGGCAAGACUGAAACUAUUAGUGAGCUUGGCAUCAGUACGAGAGAGAUUUCAAAGAGGUCUCCCAUAAGUUGUGCCUGCCUCCCUUAUCUUUGACAAUCCUCUCCCCCACCACCUCCCAGCAUCUCUCUGAAGUUGUUGGAAUUCAACAAAAAGUUCUGAUGGUGCUUUAUUUUAAGUCCCAAACAUUUUCCCCAAUUUGUAAUUUUUUUGGUUUAAAUUCUCUCAAGUUUUCAGUAUUUCCUCCCCUGAAAAUUCCCCCAUGUAUGCAAAAAUUCUCAUUACUUAAUGUAAUACUUUGUAAUGUCCGAUAUUUAAAAACAUUUCAUAGAUGUUCAAGUUUUUGUCACAAUUUAUUUACAACUAAGUCAUGAGAAAUUGAACUUUGGUUUUUAUCCAAUUGAAAUUUGAACAAUCUGUCCCUCUGUCCUCAUUUCCAAUUCACUGAACCUUCGUGUAUUUUGGCCUUAUGAACAGUCUCAAGUAUUUUUUUUACAAAACAAUCGAACAGGGUCACAAAUUGCCUGGUUCUUGUGUCACAAGUUCCAAACAUAUUUAGUCAUAGUUUAUGACUGUGUACAAAUGUACUGCUUACAUAAUAAUGUAUCAAACUAUCAUGGAUAUAUGAUUAUAUUAUAAGAUAUAAAAACUAUGGAACAAAUCAUAUUAACUAUAUGUGUGCCCUUGUAUGUCAGGGGCAUCGACUAUGACAUCAUCUAAAUUGCUUAUUGGCUGCUGUUGAUAAAAUGUAUAUUGACCGGAAGGUCACAUGCAGCACAGUAAAACACUGUAAUUUUUUUUUCUUUCUUGAGCUAUAAAAAUCUGCAAGGCAAUAGCUAAUUGAGCUCUUAUAUGAAUUGAAAAUUCUUGUGGCGCUAUUUUUUUCUCUUGGUAAUGAUUUGAGAUGGUGUAAAACUACAACCAUGAGCCACUUGGUAUUUCAAUAAUGCAUGCUCAAGAUGAACCUCAUCUGUGGUCAUUCAAAGACACACCUGUUAUCAUCCAUGUACAACGUGGAUUCUGUCAGUGCAACCAUCUUCACUCACAGGCACUGAACAUAUUCAACCUGAUUAGGUUUUAUUGACCUUGCCUUGUUGAACUACUGAAGUGGCUCAUUGGUAUACAUACACUGCUACAAGUGGUUCCAAAAAUGCUUAUUUUGAGACCAAAUUUUCUUUCUUCACUCCCUGGAAAAGAUGUAUAGAGAGUAAACAUUUCCAAAUGUAAAAAAGUAAUUCUUAUUUGAAGAAAUAUUUUCUUGUUUCACUCCCUCAAAAGUUUUUCUUGGGAGUGAGGCUGGAGAAUUUGGUCUCAAAAAAGAUUUUUUUCUCCACCGUUUUCAGCAGUGCCCUUUGAUUGUUGCAUAUGACCAGACAUUUGUGUUAUACUAUAUAUAAACAAGGAUUUCAGAGGGUAAAACAGUGGGCAUUAUCGGGGAUUAUCAACCAGGAGUAUAUUUUUAAAUGUUCCCUUCAAUUGACUCCUGUUGUUUACCAUUUGGCUGCUGUUUUGGCUGGCUUUGUUGUUAUACAUGCCUUAAGGUGGUAUAGAGAAGGUAUUUCACCAACCAGUACCAAUGAGAGCUACAUGUAGGCUGGUUCCUCUUGUUUGAUAUCAUGUGUUGAACUUUAAAGAAAGCUUGGGAACCAGUCUAGAAGUGGGAGUGUCGUCACUGGUUCACAUGUACCAUUAUCACUCAAGGAGUCAUUGUUUACCAAGGAGGUGUCCCCCUUUGGAUGUUUCUCCAAAAUCAGCUUUGCCUCCAAUUUGCUUUCAUCCUUAAUCACUUUCAAACGUUAACUGUUGGAGCCACAUGAGAAUAUUUUAAAAUAUUGGCAUUGGUUAGGCAAUAUGAUGUUUUCAUAGUCACCAGUGGUUCUGAAUUCUGAUAACUGAAUUCUUGACAAGGAUGAGGCUGAUGAUGAACAUGACACCAAGAUGGAUGGUGGGGACCUGAUUUCUCCAAGUCUACCCAUGCCAAAGACCCUCUGUCUUAAAUUGACGGUCAAGAAAGGCUGUGCCUGAGUUGUGUCUAGAGCUAGGGCUAGGUUUCUGCUAGUCGUAAAUACAUAUACAUUGGCUCGGGGUGACAAUACUGUUGUGAGAAUACAUAAUUUUUAUUCCUAUGGGGGGGUCAGCUGCUUGCUAGACCACCCCACCCCCACCCACAACGAGCCUGCGUAGUAUUGGCUUUGAAAGCUCAUUUUAGAUACUGGAGUUAUCUCAAACCAACCAGAAAGAAGUUUAAAGAUUUAGCAGGGAUGACUUGUGCCCAAGAUGCAAAGUUGGCUUCAGAUUUGAAGGACAGUCUUUUGCAUUAUGUUCAGGAUGGAAAUUUUACUCAUCAGUAUUGGACAUUGAUAACUGAAUGAGAAGCUGUCCUGUUUUUUUAAUGAUAGACUCUUGACUUGAUGUAUUAAACAUAGAUAUUUGCCGGCAAAUCGUUCUUUUCAGUUGAUGAACCUUUUCAUCAGGUUCAAUUGUGAGUGGCAAAACUUUAGUUUUUUUGAAAUUUACAUCGGAGCUUAAUUUUAAUUGUGUAAGAGACAAGUCAUUUUAAUUCAAUCUUUUUAAGCCUUGAGUUGAAGCUUAGGCUUAAAUUUCAGCUGGCACCAGAGUCCAGAAAAAUGAAACCGUAAAGCCAGCUCCACUGUGACUAGGUUUCAGGAUUGGUAGCUUUGCUCCAUGUAGAUUGUUGCCAAUCCUAUAUCCAUUACUCCAAGAGCCCGUCGUUGACACAUUUCAGUGCCUUGUGAGAUCAUGACAAAACUUUUUCAUGGUGGGCAAGUUGUUCCCUUCCAUACAAGUUGCAUGCGCAAAAAGCGUUUCGGUUCUGAUUGAAUGAUGACAAAAUUUCAUGGUGUUGUCUAGCACAGCAGUCAUCAACAUUGUGCAUUUCAUGCUACGAAUGGCAGUCAAUUUUUUUUAACUAUUUAACUUUAUGUAAACAACAAUAUUUACCUGUGGAUGGAUGAAAGACUACUCCCAUCUCCCACUUAAUGCUGUGUUUUUACAAAUUAAACAGCCACCAAAUCGCAGAGUGCCAACAUUCCUUGUAAGCAAUUUUGAUGUUAAAAUAUCCCCUGCUCCUUUCAUGACUGGUGUCAUAUUUAUAACCAUGAUCUUAUUUAUUCAUUUGUCCUUUUAAAUAUCAGACAAGUGUUAUGUUAUGUGAGCUUAUGUGAAGCUGUUAUUAUGAAGCACCAUGCUGUAACACCUCACAAUUAUUGCCAAACUGUCCGCACCUGAACGAUAUGAGUUCUCAUCUAUUUAAUUUCCAUGAAUGAAUUAAUAAAUAGUAACAUUGAUUAUGUUACAUAUGAGCAUUGAAA